GAUUUCAACACGUACUCUAGGAAUAUUUACCGAGUUUCAGAGAAAGUCGUCGGUGACUCGGUAGCAGAGAAAAAGUAGAAAAGGAAUAUAACAACCCAAAAAAAAGGUAAAGAGAAGAACCCUCAUUUGUUGUUUUCUCCUGCUCGAAGAGAAAGAAAGAAGAGACUAAGAGGAGAUAAAAAUGUCUGAGGCGACAGGUCAGCCACAAGAGGAAGAUAAGAAGCCCAACGAUCAGUCUGCUCACAUCAACCUCAAAGUGAAGGGCCAGGAAAAACUCCUGAUGAAAGGGCGUGGUGAGGAUUUGUUCACUUGUGGUGCAACUAGUCUUUAUGGGAACAUCGAUUUGGUGUCUUGUUUAGAAGCAGUUGUGCGUGAGAGAAUCUACGCUGCUUCAAAGAUGAGUGGAACAACUUUUAGUAGUUGCUUACCUUGUGUUUCUUGAUUGUUGUACCUUUGAAUCGUGAUUAUUGUUAUAGAUGUCGAAACUUGAUUAUUGAAUAUUUCAAUAAUUGAAAUUACAAGUUUCAAGUUGCAUUUUAAUUGAAUUUUUAUUAUGGGGUAGUCCAUGCUAACUCUUAUUUUGAUGAUGCAAUGGGUUAAAAGUUUGUAAUUUAUACUCUUGUUGUAAGACUCCUAUUUUCGAGAAUAUGCUGAUUAAACACCCAUUUUUUACCUUUU